AUGGCAGUGAUCAUGUUCCAGACUGCACUGCAGGGUUGGAUAACUGGCGUCCAGCUGAGCUGCAGGCUCUCGUGGCUGAGCCAGACUCAGAGGUUUCUGAAUUACUCCAGCUUUGUGGAGUCUGUGGAUAAAUAUCAGUUUGUGGAGCACCUGUUACCCUACCCCCUCCCCCCCCCCACCAGCAUCCUAAAGCUCCCAAAGCAUGAUUAUACUACAUCUAGUGGGUCUCAGAGACCCCCACCCAACCUACCCUACUUUGGGAAGCACUCUGGGGUGCACAACAUCCCUGUAGACAAGGACAUCACACAGGGAAACCACCAGAUGACUUGGAUCCAGAAGGUUGAGAGGGAUAUCUGGGCCCUGAAGAAGGAUGUGGAAGAUUUUUUGAGUCCACUGCUGAGAACACAAGUCAUCUAGGUCAAUAAGAUGACAGGUACUCUGUGGGUCAAGGGCUACUUUGAACAGCAGCUCAAAGUCUGGCUCCUGAAGAAGUGCUUCUGA